GUCUUUUGGCCGAUCCCAAGAGGAGGGGCCGGGGAAUCCCGUCUCCUGACGCUCUAGACAGCUCGCCUCCAAUCGGAGCGAGGCUGCUCACUCGUGUUUGGCUUUCUGGCGACCGAGAGGGCAAGGGAAGGAGUCGCUGCCCCGCAGAAACUUACUCGGGCGCGGGGAACAGGGAGCCGACCUCUUCUUCGGUAGCUGCAGAGAAACGAGGCUCCCCCUAAGAUGGGCCUCUUGGAGUUCCUGCCCCUCGGCGCCUUCGGUCUGGCGCUCGCUACUGCUCUGGUUCUCGGGGCGUUGUGUACUUUCGGCAGGAGGAAAAGGCAAGCUGGAGAGCCUCCCUUAAUAAAUGGUUGGAUUCCUUUCUUGGGAAAGGCCCUGAAUUUUAGAACCAAUACCACUGAUUUUUUAUUAUCUUUGAAUAAAAAAUAUGGAGAUAUUUUUACUAUACACAUGGCUGGCAAAUAUAUUACAUUUAUAAUGAACCCCCUGCAGUACCAUGUUAUGUCCAAGAACAGCAAGUAUCUGGAAUUUAGAGAGUUGGCAGAUCGAAUAUCAAGCCAAGCAUUUGACCACCCGCGCAUUAGAAAUGAGGAUUGCCCAGACCUAAAUGAACACUUGCACAGGAAUUAUCAAUAUCUUCUCGGCAAAUCAUUGGACACACUCUCUAAUAAUAUGAUGAACAACCUCCGAAAUAUAUUUGAGAGCAAGUUCUCACAAAUGGUAGAUUGGGAGACCGGAAAAAUGUACAAGUUCUGCUUCUCUAUAAUAUUUGAAGCCAGCUUUAAAACACUGUACGGGAGGGAACCUCAUAAUGAUGGCUAUAGUGUUACAGAUGCAAUUGGAGAAAAAUUUCUCAAGUUUGAUGCCAACUUCUCCUAUUUGGCACUAAACACACCAAUUCAAUUGCUGGGAGCAACCAAGAGGAUCCGGAGAGAAAUCAUACACUUUUUAAGUCCAAAAAAGAUGGAGAAAUGGUUGGAAGUUUCUGAAGUGGUCCAAAGCAGAAAAGAUGUAUUUGAACCCUAUCAGGUGCUUAGCGAUUAUGACAAAGCAGCACAUCAUUUCGGCUUCCUGUGGGCCUCUGUGGGAAACACAAUUCCUGCUAUAUUCUGGGCGAUGUAUUAUCUGUUGAGGCACCCAGAAGCUUUUGCAGUGGUGCGUGACGAAAUUGACCAUUUGCUGCAGUCAACAGGUCAAGAGAGGAGGCCAGGAUACAGCAGCUACCUCACCAGAGAACAAUUGGACAACCUGGUCUACCUAGAAAGUGCUAUAAAUGAGAGUUUACGAAUUAGUUCCUCUUCAAUGAAUAUCCGUGAAAUCAAAGAAAAUUUUAUUCUCAAAUUUGAAAAGAAUCAUGAAGUCAGUUUGAGAAAAGGGGAUUUGGUGGCAAUUUUUCCUCCAGUUCUGCACCUGGACCCUGAGAUCUACGAAGAUCCUAAGGCCUACAAAUUUGACCGCUAUGUGGAAAACGGCAAGAAGAAAACAACCUUCUUCAAGCAGAGAAAGAAGCUGAAAUAUUUUCUAAUGCCUUUUGGCUCUGGAAUCAGCAAAUGUCCUGGCAGAUUCUUUGCAAUGAAUGAAAUUAAGCUGUUUCUGAUUUUAGCAUUGGUUCAUUUUGAUAUGGAAAUAAUGGAAGACAAACAACUUGGGCAGAACAAGGAUAGAAUAGGCCUGGGUAUUUUAUUGCCAGAUUCUGACAUUAUUUUUCGCUAUAAGCUUAGGUCUUAGUGCAGAACUUCUGUUGCUUAUAUAACUGAUGUCUUACACAAAUUAGUUCCGUCUCUUUUUAUUAAAUAUAAUAUAGCAUUUGUAUUUUCAUUGUUACUAAAAGUCUAAAUAUCACAGAGAGUGCCACAUUUGUGCAAAGAAGGAUGAGGAAUAGAUAUAAUCCAUGUUAAAUCCUUUUUGUAAUACUAGAGAUUUAAGAUCUAAGGCCCCACGAAGUACUUCUGACUCGUCCAUGGGUCUUGUAAAGAGAACUUGAUAUUAAAACUGCAAUCCUAAACAUCUUUGCUGGAAAGUAAAAUCUACUCACCUUGGUGGGAGUAAACAUAAAUAAGGGUCACUUUUUUGGUUGACUCUGGAAGAAUCCCAAGAAUAAGUAUUGCUUAUGUUUGAAUCCUGCUUUCACCAGCCUGAGGUAUAACAACAAGGAUUUAUCUUUCAUUCCUACAUACACAUAAAAGCAAAAUGUCAGAAAGGCUAAAUGCUUUGUCCAUGCUGAGGUACUUUUGUUUUGCAGCCAACGGUUUCCUUCUACUGAGGAGUCUAAUCUUCUCACUAUACUACAGGGAAAGAAGGACCGCAGUUCUCACUGAGACACUUAAUGUUGCUUCAGCACCUUGACCAUCAGUUCCAUAACUAGAAUUGCUUCUGCGCAUACUGUGCUAUACAUGCACAAAAUCUUUUCUUAGAAACAGGGAUACGUGGCCUGGCAAAGCAGCUUCAAAGGAAUGUUGUGUCCAAAACUUUAUACAGCCCUAAUAGAUUAUAUGCAAUGUAACAUAAUUUAUGAAGCAUUGAUUAACUGAAGAAGCUAUCUGUCUGUGCUAUUGGUACUCCAGGGUGGGAGGAAAUAAGCUUUGUUUUUCAUGAAACGGUCCGAUUUAUUCUAGGUGGUGAUGGUACAAUCUCUGUGGGCAAAUGCAGUGCAGUUGAAGCUCAAAUCUAGCUGCUUUUUUUUUUUACAGAAUGAAAAACAAAAGUAGCAUCAUGAUGAUGUUGUACAGACAUCCUUGCAGAAACGUAAACUGUGAAACAUCUCCUACAGUUAUGAGGAAUCCUCCUUUGGCAACCUUUUGAUAGCAACUGUGGGAAAAAUGAAAAGCAGGUAUUUGUUUAAAACAUGACCUGCAUUUUGAUUCACACUGUGCUUUUACAUUUUGAAAUUUUAAAUAUCAUGUGUUGGAGGAUAAAAAUGUAAUGGCACUUUGUCAAAUUGGAAAGCAACACAUACAUCAGAAUAAUUACUGCUCUAUAGCUGAUGUGAGCAGAGAACACUUGUAAAGGUACAAAUGAGGCCUAUGGAAGAGUACAGUUGGCUGCUACUUGAUGCUCAAACUUUCACUGCAUAUAAAAAAAAAUGGCAACUGUGAGACUGUGUCCAAACUCUGCAUAAGAGACUUGUUGGAUCUUCAAAUAGAUUUUGCUGCAAUGUUUGUAACAAAAUCAUGUUUUGGGAGGGCAGCUGUCUUGGUUUUCAACUGGAACUAGUAUGUUUGUUGGAAUUCUCGCAGCUCCCUUCUGUAAAAUAAGUCUCUGGUUUGGGCAUCCCAUAGCAAAGCCGCUCAUGACCAAGCAGCAUCAUUCUUCUAGAACGGACAGAUAAACAAGACAAAAUAUUGGAAUUGAAAAAGAUUAAGGAGGAUUAUGCCUCUUCUUCCUAAUUUUAGACCCUGUCCCCACUCACCCUUAACCACAAUGCAACCAUGUCCUGACAAUACCAUUGUGUCAUUGCCCUUACUCUAUCCCUAGGGAGCAAGUGAGAGAGACUUAAGCUGCACUGGAAUGAAAAUAAUAUUCCCUCUCAUAAGGUGAUACUCUCCCACCACAGCAUCAAUGUGUGUAAAAAUGGUAAUGCUUCAUGAUACAUUAUCUUGGAAGUGUGACAAGCUGAACUGUUGUAGGUGAGAUCAGAGGUGUGCUUUGGGUAUGUUGGGAAGUGUUGGUACACUCUCUCCCUUUUGGUUAACCAACCUCUACCUUGGUUGAGUGUCCUCACCAUUAGCUCUUGGAUUCCUUGACAUCUUUCAUACCCAUCAACACCCCUCUUCUCUGUUCUGGAUACCAACUUCUCUCCAGGCUGCCAAAACGGAAACAAGCAGAGCAGACCCCAAGGAAAAGAAAAGGGAAUAUAUUUUCCCCCUUUAACCUCUUCUAACAGCAUUCUGAAAUGAACCUUUAUUUCAGAUGGUUGCAGUCCUGCUUUUCCUCAUUGUGGUGUCCAGAGAAUAUUGAGUGAGAUUGAACUAGACGUUUACUGCUUACUUGCAAUUUCUCUGUAUUUGUUAUUUUCAAAUACUUCUUUCCUCUUCCACUCAUGAAGUAAGAAACCUAGUAGCUCAGCAGCCACUCAGUUUCACUCAGCCAGCUCUAUAGCAGGGUUUUCAAACAUUUAGAAGACAUAGAACCUGUUAGUUAAAAACAAAAUCCUGGUCAAGAAGCAGGCAAAGCUCCAGAAACAGAAAAUUGGCUGCUUUCAAGUGAACUUUUUUGCCCUUAAUCUAUAAUGGGACCCAUCAAGUACUCACAGAAUCCUAGGUCUCUACAGAACCGAGUUUGAAAAACUCUGCUCAAUAGGACCUAGCUAGUUGCAUAAUCAUAGAACCUGCCUCCCUUCUCUCUGGCAUCUUCCAUACAUUUAUUUCACAUUUUUUAAACUUGGGAGAUGUCCAGAAGUAUAGGAGAGAAGGUGGACAAACCAGCUUAGAGAAGACAGGCAGAGUGCUGAAAUCAGACCUGCUCCUUUUGCUUUGGUGCCCUGCUUGAUACAUGUUUUCUCUGCUGACUUUGAUGUCCUGAAACAAAUCAGGUUCCCUUUGACAAAUGCUACACUCAGAAACCAUUACAAGAUUGUUUGGAAAUGUCUUGGAAGGGCAGGAAUUGGCAGUGUGGAGAGCAAAUGUUAUGCCAGCAUUGUUUUAUGCCAUCUCAAGAAUAGAUAGAAAGUACUUCAGCUUAGUAAUGAGAAAAGGCCUUUCGUAUUUUCUUAAGGAUACUGGUAAGCAUUCCACAUAAAUGAAAUCGAAUAAGCUCUUGAAGAGUCAUAAAAAUUGAAUGGUCCAAAACACAAGAAUUAUGAAACUUUAUUAACGGUACAAUGUAAAUUUGUUCCAUGGAGAAAUGCUAACAAUCUUAGAAACUGUUGUCCUUCAUGAAAUAGGAUUAACUAGUGGUUCCAAAGUUGUUGGAAGUAUUAAAAGAAAUAGCCAUCUGCUAAGGAAUAAAUUUGGUCAAUUUCAAUAGGACCUACAUUAUUUUAAUGUUUUCAGGAAUGUUUCCAGAAAGUUAUGCAACUCUUUGAAAAUUAAAGAAACAGUUAAGAUUGGUACAUCUUAGAGGUUUAAUAGGGGAAUGAAUUAUAUUCAUACUUUAUUUUAACUGCUAUCAGCUGAUCUUAGUAGUCCUUACACUGGCUAAUCAUUUUACCUUGUUUUACCCAAACCUGGCAGAGUAUUUUUACAGAUUGGCAUGAGUGGAUCACAUAUUUUUAAAGGUCAAGUGAUGCAAUAUUUUUUUAAUUUACUAUUUUUGAUUUAAUAAAGGACUUUUUUCCUUU